GCGAAGGUACCGCACUUUACUCCAACAGCAGAGCUAACUCGAGUGACUGGAGCGGGCAAGGAAAGAGUCGUGGCUGAGGCAUACAAGUAACCUGUGCUCCUGGCCAAAAGAACCGCUCAGUUCGGAUACUCAUCUGGGGUAGCUACAUCGACCCGAAGGGUUUGUACGUUCCCAGGCUAUCCGACAUGAUGUAUCAGGGCUUCACCGCUGACUACGACGCGGCUUCCUCACGCUGCAGCAGCGCUUCUCCGGCUGGAGAUAGCCUCACCUACUAUCCAUCCCCAGCGGACUCCUUCUCCAGCAUGGGCUCGCCUGUCAACGGACAGGACUUCUGCACCGACCUAUCUGCUUCCAGCGCCAACUUCGUCCCCACCGUGACUGCCAUUUCCACAAGUCCGGACUUGCAAUGGAUGGUUCAGCCCACCCUGAUCUCUUCGGUGGCUCCUUCCCAGAACCGAACCCAUCCCUACGGUCUCCCUGCUCCUUCCAGCGCCGCCUACCCCAGGAACGGCAUGGUCAAGACCGCGGGAAGCAGAGGGCAAAGCAUUGGCAGGAGGGGCAAAAUUGAACAGCUGACGCCAGAAGAGGAGGAAAAAAGGCGGAUCCGGCGGGAAAGGAACAAGAUGGCAGCUGCUAAGUGCCGCAACCGGAGGAGGGAAUUGACGGACACCCUUCAAGCGGAGACGGACCAGCUGGAGGAAGAGAAGUCCUCGCUGCAAAACGAGAUCGCCAACUUGCUCAAGGAGAAGGAGAAGCUCGAAUUCAUCCUGGCCGCGCAUCGCCCCGCCUGCAAGAUCCCGGAGGAGCUCCAGUUCUCCGAGGAGCUGGCCGCCGCCUCCUCGCUGGAUCUGCUGGCCGACGUGCCCGGGUCCAGCAGCUCCCCCGAGUCCGAGGAAGAGGCCUUCGCGCUGCCGCUGCUGCACGAGCCGAUCCCGGCCGAGCCGGCCAAGGAGAGCAACUGCCUGGACCUGAAGGCCGAGCCCUUCGACGACUUCCUCUUCUCGCGCCCGGCCCGCGAGACUCCGCGCUCGGUGCCGGACGUGGACCUGUCUGGCUCGUCGUCUUUCUACGCGGCGGACUGGGAGCCCCUCGGGGCGGCGGCCAGCGUGGACCUGGAGCCGCUCUGCACCCCGGUGGUGACCUGCACGCCCUGCCCCAGCACUUACACCACCUCCUUCGUCUUCACCUACCCGGAGACCGACUCCUUCCCGAGCUGCGCCGCCGCGCACAGGAAGGGCAGCAGCAGCAACGAGCCCUCCUCCGACUCGCUCAGCUCGCCCACCCUGCUGGCCUUGUGAAGGGGCUGCCGCGUGCUGCUGGUGCAGAAAUCCCCGCGGGGGCCGGGGGCGUUGUUGUCGCCGUGCAAGCCGGACCCCUGAUCGAUCCUCUUUGCUGCUGCUGCUGCUGCCUGCAUGGCGCCUGAGGCCGCGAAGGAGCCCCUCUCUUCUUCCCGUGGAGCUGCCGGAUCUCCCGCAAGGCCUGGGGAAGGCAAAGCGCCUCCGCCCCGGCGGCUGCUAGGAGCAGCCCAUCUGGAGUGGAAGGACUUUGUCGCGAAGGGACUGCUCUGCAGCCUGCCGUCCGGCCUGAUACCUCUUCCAGAGAUGUAGCAAAAUAUCGCAUGGAAUUUCUGUCUUGUCCCCCACCCAUGAGAACCGGUAGUUUUUGUAGCAUGUCGAACAUGGCUGGGUUGGUGACUCUCCCCUUCCCUUCCUUUCCUUUAAUAUUCACUAGCAUUAACUAAUUAAUCUGUUGGUUUAAAUGACUGGAAGUUUAAUAUGGUGCUGGGUAUCUUCAACUCGUAUCUAGUGCAGCUGAUUAACAAUAACUACUGUGUUCCUGGCAAUAUCGUGUUUUUGAUGACUUAGAAAUGACCCGACUUUAAACUGCGAAAAAAGAGACUAUUUUAUUUUCUAGUAGAUGAAUAAAUAGCUAUGUUGUCCAUGUACUAUAGUUCUCCUUGUACAUCAAUGUUCAUUGUAACUUUGACUGAUCAUGCAUUGUUGAAGUGGUCUGAGAUUGUUGAUUGGUUUUGGAAUAAGUUUUCCAUGAAAACGUUUUUAUUGUGUGUUUAAUUUAUUUAUGGAGAUAUUUAUAUUUUUAUUUUUUUCUACCUUGAGGUAUUGACAUGUGGAAAGUGAAUUUGUAUGAAUUUUAAGCAUUGUUGGCUUAGUGUUCAAGACACUGUCAAUAAAUCAUUUAAGCUGAAUGCUA